GUCUGUGCAGCUCACGUGUUGCCCCCCUUGGCUCAGGUGUGCAGGUCCCUGAGAUGUCACUGAAAGCCGAAAGCCAUGCAGCUACAUCGACACUGAAGAAGAUCGCUGCAGACAUGAGUAACAUCAUCGAGAGCCUGGACACCAGGGAGCUCCACUUCGAGGGGGAGGAGGUUGACUCGGAGGUGCUAAAUGACCCAAAGGGCACCGUGUGCAUUCCCUUCUCUGCCAUUUAUCACACCCAUGGGUUCAAAGAGCCGGGCACGCAGACGUACCUCACGGGAUGUCCUGUUCGAGUGCGUGUGUUGGAAGUUGAACGCUUUACUUCCACAAAGAAGGUACCAAGCCCCAACGUUUACACCAUCGAGCUGACCCAUGGAGAGUUCACCUGGCAGGUGAAAAGGAAGUUCAAGCACUUCCAGGAGUUUCACAGGGAGCUGCUGAGGUACAAAGCCUUCGUGCGCAUCCCUAUCCCUACCAGGAGUCACACGGUGAGAAGACAAUCCAUCAAAAGGGGAGAACCCAGGCAGAUGCCGAGUCUGCCGCACACGGCAGAGAGCACGGUGCGGGAAGAGCACUUCUCCAGCCGGAGGAAACAGCUGGAAGACUAUUUGACAAAGAUCCUGAAAAUGCCAAUGUAUAGGAACUACCACGGAACAAUGGAGUUCAUUGGAGUAAGCCAGCUGUCAUUCAUCCACGAGCUGGGGCCAAAGGGCAUAGAAGGGUUCAUCAUGAAGCGCUCGGGGGGCCACCGCAUACCUGGCCUGAAUUGCUGCGGCCAAGGAAGGAUGUGCUACCGAUGGUCCAAAAGGUGGCUGGUGGUGAAGGACUCUUUCCUGCUGUACAUGAAGCCAGACUCGGGGGCCAUCGCCUUUGUCCUGCUGGUAGAUAAGGAGUUCAACAUUAAGAUAGGCCAGAAAGAAACAGAAACUAAAUACGGGUUGCAGAUCGACAAUCUCUCUAGGUCACUGAUUUUGAAGUGUAACAGCUACAGACAUGCCCAGUGGUGGAGGCAGGGCAUCGACGAGUUCAUUCGGAAACACGGCAAGGACUUCCUCACAGAGCACCGCUUCGGCUCCUACGCAGCCGUGCAGGAGGACACGCUGGCCAAGUGGUAUGUAAAUGCUAAGUGGUACUUUGAAGAUGUCGCAAAUGCCAUGGAAGCUGCUAAAGAAGAAAUUUUCAUCACAGAUUGGUGGCUGAGCCCAGAAAUCUUCAUGAAACGGCCCGUUGUGGAGGGAAAUCGCUGGCGCCUGGACUGCAUCCUCAAGCGGAAAGCACAACAAGGAGUGAGAAUUUUUGUUAUGCUGUACAAGGAGGUGGAGCUUGCCCUAGGGAUCAACAGUGAAUACAGCAAGCGGACACUCAUGCACCUCCAUCCAAACAUUAAGGUGAUGAGACACCCAGACCACGUGUCCUCCUCCGUGUACCUCUGGGCCCACCACGAGAAGCUUGUCAUUGUUGACCAGUGUGUGGCAUUUGUGGGUGGCAUUGACCUGGCGUAUGGCAGGUGGGACGAUGACGAGCACCGCCUGACCGACGUGGGCAGUGUGAAACGAAUGGCAGCAACAAAGUCUGUGACCAACCUGGUGUCUGCAGCAGAGUCAUCUGAAUGUAUCCCCCUUCAGUCUCAAGCUCUGUCCCCAGAAAGCCACUUGUUCCAGAAAAAUGCUGAUGAUGCCCCAGACACAUCAAAAAUGAAAGGAGUAGGAAAACCGAAAAAGUUUUCAAGGUUCAGUAUUUACAAGCAUCUCCAUAAACAUGGCAUUCACCACGCUGACAGCGUCAGCAGCAUAGACAGUGAAUCAAGUUACUGUAACCCCACUAGAAGUCAACCGAAUAUAAUCCAGAGUUUAAAACCCCAUCUGAAAAUGUUUCAUCACCACACUGAAUCCAAGCAGGGGCUCGCUGAGCCUCGGGAGGAUAAAGGAUCCAUCCGUAGCUUGAAGACAGGUGUUGGUGAACUCCUUGGGGAAACCAGGUUCUGGCACGGAAAAGACUAUUGCAACUUUGUCUUUAAAGACUGGGUUCAACUUGACAAACCUUUUGCUGACUUCAUUGACAGAUACACCACCCCGAGGAUGCCCUGGCAUGACAUCUCCUCCGUGGUGCACGGCAGAGCAGCUCGUGAUGUCGCCCGACACUUCAUCCAGCGCUGGAACUUCACCAAGAUUAUGAAGCCCAAAUACCGAUCCCUGUCCUACCCAUUCCUGUUGCCAAAAUCUCAGCAAACUGCUAAUGAGUUGAAGUAUCAGGUGCCCGAGGCUGUUCGUGCCACAGUCCAGGUGAUCCGUUCUGCUGCUGACUGGUCCGCGGGCAUUAAAUACCACGAGGAGUCCAUCCACAAUGCCUACGUCAGCGUGAUAGAAAACAGCAAGCACUACAUCUAUAUAGAAAACCAGUUUUUUAUUAGCUGUGCUGAUGACAAAGUUGUCUGGAACAAGAUCGGCGAUGCAAUUGCUCAGAGGAUUCUUAAAGCUCACAGGGAAAACAAGCGCUUCCGAGUAUACGUGGUGAUCCCACUGCUGCCUGGAUUUGAAGGAGACAUUUCGACCGGCGGGGGGAACGCGCUGCAGGCCAUAAUGCACUUCAACUACAGGACCAUGUGCCGUGGAGAAAACUCAAUCCUGGGCCAGCUGAAGACAGAGGUUGGAGAUAAGUGGAUAAACUACAUAUCAUUCUGUGGACUUCGAACAUAUGCAGAGUUGGAAGGAAAACUAGUCACAGAGCUCAUCUACGUUCACAGCAAGCUGCUGAUUGCUGAUGACAACACAGUUAUAAUUGGCUCUGCCAACAUCAACGACCGCAGCAUGCUGGGGAAGCGGGACAGCGAGAUGGCCAUCAUCGUGCAGGACACCGAGACCAUCCCCUCCGUGAUGGACGGGGAGGACUACAGCGCCGGGAAGUUUGCCCAGUCCCUCCGGCUGCGGUGCUUCAGGGUUGUCCUUGGCGGCUCUGAUCUCAGUCCAGAACACCAGGAUCCCGUCUGCGACAAAUUCUUCAAGGAGGUCUGGAUUUCCACGGCAGCUCGCAAUGCCACCAUCUUCGACAAGGUUUUUCGAUGCCUUCCAAGUGACCAGGUGAAUAAUUUAACCCAGCUGCGUGAUUUCAUCAAUAAGCCCAAAUUAGCGAGUGAUGAUCCUGUGAAAGCAGCAGAGGAAUUAAAAAAGAUUCGUGGGUUUUUAGUACAAUUCCCCUUUCGUUUUCUGGAGGAAGAGUACUUGCUUCCAUCCGUCGGAACAAAGGAGUCCAUGGUACCCAUGGAGGUUUGGACUUAAGAAGAUGCAGACUGCUUUACGUUUUAAAAUCUGGCUCUCUAGAGAGAAGUUGAUGAACAAUAUGAGAUUUUGGAAAGCUUUUUAUUGCUAAGAGGGGCGAAAAAGAUCUCCACCAACCUGAUGUGCCUUUCUUAAGGAUUUUGGUGGAGGAACUUGAAGCAAUUUGACACUAGCAAAGGAGAGGAUCAGAAAGACUUGGAAAUAAUGGCAAAUGAGAAGUUUAACCUCUGAAGGAGUUACUUCUUAAGACAUGUUCUGAGCACUUAAGGGAUGCAGGCCACUUCCUAGGACAGGAAACCAAUCCCAAUCGAUGUUGUUACUACUGCCGGCUGUAUAUUGUGGUUGCGUACGUACUGUGAUCCUGCUGUGGCUGUGCAGGAGUCGUGGGCUGCGUGUGCUUCUAAGGCUUUCGGGUAUCUGCACCUUGGCUGGCUGGAGUCCCCCAUCUCACCCCUCUGUACGCUGUCAGAGCACGUCAUGGGGAGUCGCUGUCAGGACGCUGCUUGGUGCUGCCUCUGGGCUGUCCUACAGUUUGCCAAGCGUAGGUGUUUCAUUUUUUAAAUGGAAACGGACUAACAAUCUCAUGUCAGAAUCAGUAUUUUGGUCUCUUCUCCUGUCUGGGGGGAAAAAAAGCCCAACUGUUUUUACCACAGCUAGAGCAAUCAGCAGUCCUUGUGCAGCCUAGGUCUUGGCAAAGGGAAGCCCCAAGGGAACUGGAGGUGCUGGAAAUCACUGGAGUUUGCUGGGCUUUACAGAAACGCAGUAUGUCAGUUUGUUCAAAUUGCACAUGAAGACUUUCUCCAGGAGAGGAUCAAAGUUUAAACACAAGCCGUAGAUCUGCAGAGCUCAAGGAAAGCAAGGCACUGCGCGUGAUGGGACAAACUCAAAAGCCAGCAUGGGCCGAAGUAAACCCUGUGCUCUUGGUCCUCAGUUCAUACAUUUCUAUUGCAGUACAUAGGUAGACCUUCCUUUCCAUCUCUUAGCUCUUUAUUUAAAAGAAGGGAAAGACCAUUAAACUAGAGCUGACACCAUGCUCAAACUGAGCUGACGUGUCGCUUUGCAGAUGGGAUGAAUGCGAGGGGGAAGGGGGAUUAGCAAAGCCUUGUCUCUGGUCUAUUUGGCUAUUAGACCAGCCACAAUCUUGAGCUCAGUCAUGCAGGACUUGUCUUCCCAAACACAGGUAAAACUCAGGAUGCCCAGUCCUGCUUUCCUUUUCUGUAAGACAGUUUCCAAAGCAUCUCACUGUGCAGCGAAGCAGCAGUUCAGUUCAGCAUCCCUGGGCAAAACAGUACUGCUCCUGGGUCCGGACCUCGUGUGCUGGGUGCAGUCCUGGGUCUUCACUCCAUCCUCCGUCCAGCAGUGAGCUGUGUCUCCCGAUUUCAUGUCCAACUCCAGCUGCAGUCCUGGGAGAGGUGUUCCCCCACGGUGCCGUGUCAAACACUAAGAGGUCAGUCUGUUGGAAAUGCCCGAAGAGAGUUGGAUCUGGAGAAGCGAGAAGCUGAGCUCUUCUGCUACCUCUGUAUCCAGAAGGAUUCCUUCGCUAGCUGGGUUUAACCCAGCACCCAACUCAAAAGACCAGGUGAACUGGUACUGAAGUUCACAAGCAAGUUUAUUUUUUCUUUUUCUGGCUCUUCCAACAGUCUCACCUGCUUUUAACUGGAAAAGAAUCACACGGGUCGCCUAGCUAUCCCCAAAAUAUAGCUGGCACCACAUUUUAGCUGAUUGUCUUCUGUGUCUUCAGACCUGUAAACAGGCACCAGCAGGCACCUGCUGCAUCACCCGAGUAAGCAGCAACCCCAGACGUUCCUCCAGGGCAGCCCAAGUCUCAGCCCCUUCCUACAGUUUCCACUGUGUUACGCUUGUGUUUUGUAGAUGCAACUGCCAAUUACACUCCUUUCCGCUCGGUGCAUCUGUGGUCUGGUUAGCCUGUUGGAAUUGCAUGUGCAGCAUUUUAUGUGAUGAUCUUCAGUCCAGGGGGUUGAUGCUUUUAGUUGGCAUGUUGUAAGCAGAUAAGUAUGUUCCCUUGAUUUUUUUUUUUUUCCAUUAAAAAAAUUGACCUAGGGUCACCCCCUGCAGCACCAGAGAAAUACGUGUCCUGACCGUUUGCAAUCAAGAAAGAUCAAAGGUGUCUUGUUAUUUCACUUCCAUGUGGGUUCAGAGCUUUUCUCUCCUGAUAACGUUUUUAGCUGGUUUAGUUUGAACAAAGCUGCUAACUUUAAACAAUUACAGCCUGUCAGAGAAUCAUUAUAAGUCACACAGAUCUGUAUUCAUAGUUGAAGCAUUCAACCCCACCACCCAUACACGUGAACCUUAAAGAAGUGCAAGACUCCUGUCAUCUUCUAAGUGCUCUUAUUGUCCCCGUCCUCAUAUGAGCAAAGAUUCUUGUAAUCGUUAGAUUGUGCUUAUAUUGUCUUUAAGGUGGUAGGGAGCUAACUCUUGGGGCUUCAUAACCCCAGUGUUAUUAAGUCCCCGUCUGCCAAGCUGCUUUGGGAAAAAACCACCCAGGUUCUGCAACACUCCGCUCACUGUGUGACGGCUGUUGGUCCCAAGCGACACAGCAGAGCCACAGAGGAGAGAUUUCAUUGACUGAUUCUGUAUAAGAAGGUGCUAAUUAAGAAGCUCUUUCAUUAUUAAAGUAGCAGACAGGCCUCACAUUGGCUCUCUGUCCAGGAGGUUUCUCUUGGUGGGAACAGACAAGCCACGCUGAACAUCCCUUCUCUGUGUUGGUGCUAGAUUCCUGAUACCAGGAGUUUAGUCACGUUUAAAUGCAAGCAGGGUGUGCAGGGCAGCCUCAGCACAGUGCAGAGAGCCCUGCAUCCCCAGGGGCUCGUGGGGCUACCAAAUCCCCCCAUGGCUGUGGCCCUGCUCGCCCCGAGCAGCUGAUGGGGCUGGAGCCAUUCCCAGUGAAGGCAGGAUGGUUGGUCACACCUGCGGGAUGUGCUGUUCAGAGCUGGCUCCUUGGGUCCUGUCAACGGGAGGUUUAUUUCUUAUAUUAAGAAGCCUGUGAGGUUGAACACCUUGAGAGAAUUAAUUUCUGCACCUAAACAAUCACUACUUCUUAGUCCGUAAUACCAGCGUGGGUUUAUUUUAAUACCUUCAAACUGGAGAGGAUUGCUCAUAAAUACACCAUACUGUAACAAGUGAUGUGGACUCAAGCACUAGCAAACCUGGAAACACAAACUGUUUCUUGUGGCAUUUAUUUGCUAGUACUAUAGGAAAUGAGAACUUCUCCCAGGCUCAGACUUCUAUUUUGUAGUUCGACCUGAGUAGAACACUUUUUUUUUCCUUUAAUUUAUUCCUUAACACGUGCCACUUUGAGAACUCACACUCCUUACCAUAUCUUUUUAAUAGUUUGAUAUUUUAAAUUAUGUAUUUUGUUGUAUAGAUGUUGAACUGGAUAAGUGUUUCACUGUAAGGUUAACGCAUGGUUUUAAAAAAAUGAGAGCUAAAAUGUUAUUAUAUGUAAGAACUUUACUAAAAAAUACUCUGUAGGAGAACUACUCCAGUGCUCAAUGGCAGAUGCAAAGUGCUUGGCUCAGUUUCUGGUCUCUUGGUCUCAGUUUGUUGCCUGACUUGAUGUGACUUUUGCUGGAUUAAACCCCAAACAUUCUCUUUUCCUUUUUGAUCAGGUUUCACAACAUGAUUUUGCAAUCCUGGUGCUGUCCCUGGGGGAGACCUCAGUGCUGGUUUUGCCUAACUGGGACCCUGACAUUAAUAAUUUACCAUACCUUUACUCCGUCCAAGGAAACAUCCAUGUACAAUCAAGCUCAGAUGUGGUUUGGUAUUGUUAUUUCAGUGUAACAAGUCUUUUGUGCACUUGUAAUUAGGACAGUCGGGUGGGUUUUAAUCUGUGGACAAAGCUGCAUUUGUGGGAACACUGAAAUAAGUCUGAAUGGUCCUUUAAGUUAAUGCCAUUUCCUUCUCCUGCCGAAUGUAAAUACCCAAAUCCACACUGAUGUUAACUGACACGCCUCCAUCAGCUGCAGAGCUGCUGCACUGUUUUUUCUGGCAGAAAGGACUCAGGCUGUAGGAUGCAGUGGUGGCCAAGGUGAAGAGAGCGAGUGGUCCCCAGACCAGGUAUAUGGGUAGAGGUUGGCAUCUCUUGGGUGGCCCACAAGCUGUCAAUACACUCUCACAUUUUGUGGCACUUGUUCUGCAAAUUGUUUCAAACAAGCAAUCCCUUCUGCGCAGCUGAGAUCCUGCUGAAACCGGGAGCUUUGCAGAACCGAGGUUUAAACAAGGAGCGUAAGGCCAUGGCAGUGAAUCAUGUUAAGCGUGCAAAAUUAAGGUAGAUCAAAGCAGAACAGACCCACAGACUGUACAUCGACCACUGAAUGCAAUGAUCCUCUUGGGGUUUUGGUGGGUUUUGGGUUUGUUUGUUUUUUUUUUUUUUCAUUUCCCUGCCUGCUCUCUUGUUGUAGUUUCCAGUAUUUGUGAUUUUUCUAUUUUUAACCUUUCAGUGUGUUUUCAUAAAAUCUCCGUGUAAAUAAUUCCAACUUGCCUCUUUCCUGACACCUGGGAAAUGAGAAGACGUGUUGAAAGUCACAGUUCUGGGAAUGCUGGGUUGGUUUUGUUUUUUGUUUUUUUGUUUUUUGUUUUUUUUUUAAAUCGUGUCAAAAUAGCUAAACUGAUCAACAGAAGGAGAGCUUCCACUUCAGGUGUGAGUGCAGGCCUCCGUGCGUCUCUACCUUCUGACGGUGCAGUUGUGAACACUGAAUAUCCCUUCUGUGAAGGCUGCUGGAAUUGAGUUUUGUAUCCUUGUUUCUGCUAACGAUCGCUUUCCUUUCCACUGUUUGUAUCUGCUAAAUGAAUGUGUAUUAAUGGACUGAAAAUACAACUGAUCAUCAUGUUGAAA